AUCUCCACUCCCCUUUCUAAAGAGCAAACGUCCAUAUUAAUUGGUUAGAAUAAAUGACGGAUAAUGUAAAGAGUAUGUAGAAUGCCGGAAUGAUCUACGCCACCGAGUCGACGACUGAUGCUGACGAUGUCACGCAGUCCCUGUGCGCCACACCCGACUGCUUCUACAAUGCAACCAGCGCAAUCAACGAAUCACACUACAACUUCUCACACAUUCAACAUGAAUUGGCUUGUGUAUUUGAGUCAUCAUCUGAGAAAUUUAUUAGCUCACCGCUAUUCCAAAUGUGUAUAUAUUUUAUGUACAGUGCCGUGUUUAUCGUUGCUCUCCUUGGCAACGGGAUGGUGUGUUUCGUAGUGAAUAGUUCGCCGCGUAUGAAGACAGUAACAAAUUACUUUAUAGUGAACUUGGCAGUGGGCGACAUUUUCAUGACGUUACUAUGUGUGCCCUUCUCAUUUGUGCCGGCGUUAGUGUUGCAUUAUUGGCCUUUCGGUGUCGUGAUGUGCAAGGUGGUGAACUACUCACAAGCGGUAUCGGUGUUUGUAUCAGCGUACACGCUGCUUGCAAUUUCCAUUGACCGGUACAUGGCAAUCAUGCGCCCGCUGCAGCCCCGCCUCGGCAAGGCCGCUGCCAAGCUCGUCGUUGCUGUUGUGUGGGGCGGUGCACUUGCCACCGCUGCACCUAUUCCUAUAGUUUCUCAACUUCAAAGGCCCACACAAUGGCACAUUCUUUGUGAAGCGGAUAUUUGCUCGGAGAAGUGGGCAACGCCAGAGCAGAGUGGGCAAUAUACAUAUGCGCUUUUAGCGCUGCAGUUCGCAUUGCCAUUGAGCGCGCUAGUUUGCACUUAUGCGCGAAUCGCUUACGUGGUUUGGGGAGGCCGGCCUCCAGGCGAGGCACAAACUGCGCGGGAUUCAAGAAUGCAUAACUCUAAAAGAAAGAUGAUAAAAAUGAUGGUGAUGGUGGUGGGCGUCUUCAUCAUUUGCUGGCUGCCACUCAACGUUUUUAUUGUGUUGUGGAUUUCUCACGAAAGCGACGAGGCUUGGAGUUCCUGGCCUGGCAUGCCGUAUGUGUGGUUCGCUAGUCACUGGUUGGCCAUGUCACACUCAUGCUACAACCCUAUCAUCUACUGCUAUAUGAACGCAAGAUAUCGACGCGGAUUCAAACAGAUUUUGGGAGGGCUGCUGUGUAUAAAAUUUGCUGAAACGGGACGUUCUUGCCAUCGAUCAAGCAUCUGUGAAGGUGUCCCCCUGACAGAAAUGGGGGCCAUGAACGGAUCGACGACGGUACCACGACGGAGUUUGGUCGGUUGCAAGUGCCGACUAACUCGGAACGGAAUGGCGAAUAACUCCAAAUGCUCGAACUGCACUUCUUUGAGACAAUUGAAACUGUUGACGCAUCCAUUGAGCAGAACUCCGUCUGCCCCGGCACGAGCUCUCUCUGUACGCUCAGACUUUGCUUAAAAGGCAGUGAUCGUGUUGUGUUGUCCCUAGAAACUUUGGUGAUGUUUAGUUAAACUUUAUUUAAUGUUAAAUUUAUUGUGUCUGUGUACAUAAAUAUGUUUAC